AUGGGGCUGCCUUUGAAUUCCUCUGUGCAGGUGGGGGGUGGUGGAGGUGAAGAGAGGGGGCGGGAGCGGGAGGCGGUCCCUGCAUUAAAUCCACAUUUUUUUUUGAAAAUUUAUCUCUCUCUCUGUGUGUGUGUGUGUUCCUUUUUUCUGAUGUUUGUGUCUAGGUUCCUGUCGGUGCAACCAGCAGGACAGGAAGGCUACUGGGACAAGGGAAGGCAGACAGAAGCAAUGAUAGGGGAAUUGGGUGGCAAAACCGCCCCGAAACUGGUGUUGAGGACAGCCCUGGAGAAGGACCGUCAUGGCUUCAGGGGGUCAACCGGGAGGUUCGAUGAAGACUGGCAGAAGACUGAAAGAAACGCGUGGCCGGUCUUCAUUCAGAAGGGUGUCACUGCUCCAAAUCACUCUGAAGGGAGUUGUAGCAUGACAUCCGGCUCGGGAGAAGGUAAAGAAGUUCGUAUUUCAUCCAGUUGCAGCGGGGACCCGUCUUCUGUCGAGAGGGAUCCCCGUGCCGGCUACAUCCACCAGAGGUGGCCAUGCAGACCUGCGGCAAUAACAAAGAGGGGGCAGCCACCACUAUUCCUUGGCCCGGGUCCGUCGACGAAGAUUCGCUACGAUAAACUCUUUUGUUGCUUUAAUGAGGGGAAUGGCCUUCUGUUCCGUCUUGUGGACGAAAUACACCACACGUGGGCUUACUACAACGAUACGAUGGAAUACACCAUGCACAUCACCGUCAGUUUUGGGAGGGAUAGCACAGUGGAAGCCAUUGGCAAGGCAGAGUGCAUCAUAAUGGAUGCGGCUUUAGGUAGUUGUAGCAUAGAUCUUCUCCUUCCUCCGGGUGGGACAGAGCUCUUUAUGCGUGGCGAGUACAAUGGUUUUCGUGGCCAUUACGAAAUUGCUUCUUCACGUGAUGUUGCCACGGGGGAGAGAAGGAAGUGA